AUGCCGACGAGGUGGUUGUCCAUUCGCAAACGGAAUCCCCUUCUUUACCACGAGUCGACUGCCGAACCGACUGCAAAGCAACAGGAAUUUGAUUUUGCCUUUGGGGAGUCACCUUCAGCUGGCCAGAGUGCUUCAGGCAGGAUCGGGCCCAGGCUGGUCCAGCUUCGUCCAACGACAUCCAGUGGCCCGACAGGAAAGCGGAAACUGCGUGUCGAGGUCCCCUCGAUCCGACCGCGGACAUCGGAGAAUCACAAGCCCUCGCCUCUACAGAACGUGAAUGGUGUAUCGAAAUCAGAAGACAGCUUGAUAGGCCUGGCUUUCGGCAGCCCGAGCCAUCCUCCAGCGUCUUUCUGCAUCCCUGCCGAGGGUGGUGUGACCGGCCAGAACCCUUUUCUCCGCCAGCACCCAGAAACUCCAGGCAACAUCGUCCAGAUGUCCUCGAAGAGAUGGAGGAAGCUAGGGACGUUGUUCAAAUCCCGACAGGCCGCUGCCAGACGAGACGACGUCCCGUCUGGCCCGACGAUAGGCCUUCCGACCGGCUUCGUGGUCCUGGAUAGGGACACACUGGCCGAGACACCCAGAUUUGAAGGAGAUCAACUGCGGACGACACAACUGGAGCAUCCGAGGCGUGAAGCACCGCCACCACCCAUCAAAAAAGAUCAAGAGUCUUCGACUUUCCGAACGACGGAAUUGGUCAUCCAGAAGCACGAAGAUGACUCAAUAUCGAGACCGUCGACUGCGACCGCGACCGAUGCUGGGUCCACGGGGGAGCCGUAUAUACGUCCGCCUUUACCGAAGCUUGAGUUGGAUAUACCAUUCAAUCUCCCCGCAGCUAAACGCUCUUCCUCACUGCUCGCGAGACGAAGUAAGGCGCUGGAUAGUCUUAAAUCCUUUGACGACAGUCGGCCUACAACUGAAGGCAACAACAACCACGAAAACAGCCACCACCGAAAUCCUGAAUCGGAGCCUUCCACACCGCUGAUCCCACCGAGACGACUCACGACACCAACCAUGACCAGGUCGCCGGCAACAAGCAAAUACUCGCUGUUUCCAACCACCUCUCCUGCGCCGGUCAAAAUCCACGGCCGAGGGCCCAGCUCAGAUCGGGACAACCUGCCACCGCCGAUCCAAUUAAGACGAUCAGCUACGUCCCCCGCCCGUUUGUCUCCUAUGCAAGACAAUUUCUCCUCCGUCCCAAAGCCAGAACCACUCAAUCCGAACAAGAUCGUGUCUUUGAACGAUCAAACGGUCCACAGCCCAGAGGACAACACGGCGUCGACAGAUCGUGAGGCGCCUUGGAGCUCUGCUCACUCUUUCCAAUCUUCGGUGUCCUCCGCCACCACAGUGGACGAAAUCUUUUUUGAUAUCAAGUCAUUCCGAGAUUCCAAGGGCAUUGAAGACGGCCAAUUCGUCAUGACCAGGCCUGAUUCGGUUCAGGUAGAGCUGGCUCGAACGCGGUCGAAACGAGUACCGGCCCCCAGCCAUUUGCGGCAUGUGGAAGCUUCAUCAGGGGGCGCAGCUGAUGUCUCGGAGCGAACCACUCCAGUCCCACCAGAGCCGCCGGCAGCGUCUACUGGUGCUCGUUCUGCAUGGACGACGAAGCACACCUCAGUCAACACUGCCUACUUCGAUGAGGCGAUUGCUGCCGUGGAGAGACUCACCGCACCCACGGGCAAUGCUGCUUCGCCCGUUGAAAAGGUUCCUAGCAUCCCCGCCGUUACGAUUGCGAACCACGACGAAAAAUUGCAUCAAUCGACUCCAAUCGUUACUGUGCAGCAUCCUCAUCCGUCUGAGCAUCAGUCACGGCUAGCCGGCAUGACUCACGAAGAAGUCAGCCACCUGAUCCCUUCACCAGUGGCUGAAGUGAAGGAAGAUGACUCUCCCAGACCCAAUACGUCGCCUGUGAAGGUUGUGAACACGCCAUCGGUUCUGCCACCACAAGUGACCAAGGGUGUAUCUCCUCGUGUGGCCGCAGUCAAGCGCGUGGACCGUCCCAUCGAUGACUCGCCCACAAUCCCUCAGGGUCCUCCCAGCCCGCGGAGACCAGCAAAAGCGACACCAACGGCGCCAUCGAACGACAAGCCGCCUCCGGUCCCGAAAAAGGACGCCAAGUUUAUUCCUCUCUCGAAGUACGCCGCAAAGAGCACUGUGACGGCCAUCGAGCAACGGUCGGGUGUGACACCCACGAGGCCUGUGCGUGCCAACACGGAAGAUCUGACUGUGCGCUCGGCGGCGCCUCGGGUCUCGAAAGAUCGAUCUGCGACGUUGCCGUCGUCGUUAAAGCCUCAUUCUCACGACUUGGUGCAGAAUUCCUCACUGCGCGGCUUAGAAAAAGCCAUUCCACCUCGAUCCAACCCCGUGGCUUCGCAUCCGGUGGCUGCAGAGGUCGCUGUUGCGCGAACUGUUUCGCUGUCCCGCAAGCAAUCUGCCCGCAUUCACGUCCCCGGCCCCCGACUUGCAGCACGGCGUGCCGAAGCCCAAGCCCAGGCUCAAUCCCAAGCUCAACCUUCGUCGCAAUCUCAUCUCAAACCCGGUUCUGCGCCGCAAAAGCAUGGACGCAACCCAUCGAGCACGUCCCAGAGAUCGAACAGAUCACAGCGCUCCUUCCUGGGCGGCGGCCACCGGCACAAACGCACGGCGUCUUCUGCUAAAUCAGCCUCUCGCGCCUCCAAAGACUUGUCUUCCAACAAGAAUGCUCUGAAAGUCACCAAGCCGCAGGCGGACGGUAAAACCGGGUCGACUUUCGGCAAGUUCCUGUGGAGUAAGGAGUCCGAGAAGCAGCUCAUCAAGGAGGCGCGUAAGUGGGAGAUCCUCGAGAAGAAGAGCUACAGUCCCGUGGUGGUGCAGGCGGAGAGAGGACAUCGGCCUGGUGUCAGUCUCGGGUUGGUGGUGGAGAGCGUUUGA